UUGCCAUUUCCAUUUCUUCCGUCUGUUGACACUUUAGAUUCCCCGAAACUUAUAAGUCGCACUGCCGGAUUCUCCGUCUACACGGAGCCACUUCUACCUCUUCCACCACCAGAUUCCUCGUCCUUUUCUGAUUCAUUUUUUGGGUCCAUAGGCGUAGGAUCAGCUUGUGAAGAUAAUCUUGUUGACACUGAUAUCACCGUCACCGAGCAAAAGAUAAAUCGUCAGCACUUACAGCAGCAGAAGGCAUUGAUGACUACGCUCAUGAUUUCCUCACCUUCCACUGCUGGGGAUGGCUGUGGUGGUGGUUUUUAUAAUAAUGCCCUUCAUGCCCAAUCCAUUGGAGACUGCACUCGGGAUCCUUCUCAUUCCUCAUCGAAUUCGGGCCCCACUUCUCCUUUUGCCUUACCCCUUACACAAGUGCCACUUGAUGAUUCCGGAGCCACCGGCAGCAGCAUGGCAUGCGACCGGAGUCACUUUGAAGGGGAAGCAAUUCGGUCAGCUACUUCUUCUUUGCCUUCAAGUCUGGCGGGCCGACUUAAAAAAGCCAGUCUCUUACAUCUUCCUCGGCUCCGCCAAAGACAUGCCUCUUCCACCGGCCCUUCCACCAAUAAAGCCCAAACCACUAGCAUCAUUGUCAAUGCAGUCAGCAGUAACCUGAAUGACUUACAUUCCACAUCGGCUGCCACAACUACUACUCGUCUGUCGUUAGCAUUGCCUACACAUUCAAAGCCUUUUAAUGCCAAUGACAGUAAUAAACUAGCGGUUUUGGCCAUACGAACUUGCUCUAAGCAAUCGUCAGGGAGGCUUUUGUCUUCGAUAAUCCCAGGUCUUUCUUCCCCUUCGCAUCGGCAUCGUGUAGCAAGCGCUUGUAUUACCGGACGCAGCGAUUUCGCCAAUCUGCCUGACCAUCCUUUAUCCCCAGAGGACAUCCCUGUUGCUGAUGGGGACUAUCAGCACUACCUGACUGUACAUGCCUUUCAUCCAGUGGUUCCAGUACCUUUUAUUGCUAAUGCUGACUGCAAUAAUAGGCACAACAGGCCUUGUCUUGCCAAACACAUCGUCUCUCCUCGUGGAAUCAUUACAUCCAUUCAAUCUCCAGCUCUUUGUAGUAACCUAUCUGUUGGACAGUCCUUACAGAUUCAGCCAACCACUUGUGAUAACAGCGAUACUAAUACAGUGACUAUCACUACACGGCAAAAUCACCAAUUGACCAUUACCAGCACUCGACUUUCUUCGAGCCUGAGCCCCACAAUCCCUCCAGAUGAUAAUAUUGGACUUGCGUCACCUCCACUUCUACAAGUGACCUCACGUCUCUUGUCUCCUUCUUGCGUUCAGGGGUGUGAGUCGGCAAAAUUUCCAAGAGCAGCAUUUAUCGGAAGCAGGUUUAGUGAGGAAGCUAGCUUGCGGAGAAGCCCUAUUUCCCAUGGCCUUGGAAUCAUGUACACUGAUGCCUCGUCUAGCAGAACGCCUGGGCUCUGA